CAUUCAACUGCGUUAGAUCAACUGGCAAACAGUUGUCGAUUGUCCGUUGAAUAUUUGUGUCCUUACCUGCAGUUGAUCGAAAUGCGACUAGCGUUAAUGCUCAUGUUGGCUUUGGCCUGUUUAUUGCAGGUCGAAACUUCUUCCCUUCCGAAAUGGCAAGCAUCCGCCGACGACUAUCCAUCAACGUUAGAAUUAUCGGAAGAUGGACUUUCUCUGAUGGAACCAGCCAUCGUGCCAGAGCCAAAAGAUGGUGGCCGGUGGUGGUAUACUCCAUCGCGUAAAGCUCACCUCCAUUCUGCAAAAUCAAAGAGUCGAUUGAUGCAAAAGAUGAUGUCCAAUAAAGUGAACGAAGAUUUGCGUCUGCCCGGUGACGUCUUGCCAAGUACCUAUUCUAUCCGCUUGUUGCCGUUCAUCGAGGAAGGCAAUUUCACAACGGACGGUCACAUCGACAUCUUCGUCGACUGUAUCCGGGACACGAAUAGCAUCUCGAUGAACGCCGCUGAAAUCACUUUCAAGUUGGUGUCUGUUACGGUGCUCGACCUCACCACCAACAGUCCUCUGGCGAUAGUCGGUUUCGUCGACGAGCAAGAUACACGUGAGAUCGUCACCAUCAAAACGGCAGGGCAAUUAAUUGCUGGCCGUCGCUACAAGAUCUCAAUGGAUUUCACGUCAAUUUUGAACGACGAAUUGCGCGGUUUUUAUCGCUCUUCUUACAUGGAGGACGGUGUCAAGAAGUGGUUGGCCGUGACUCAGAUGGAAGCUCCAGAUGCCCGUCGAGCUUUCCCUUGUUUCGACGAGCCCAAUAUGAAAGCAAAUUUUUCCAUCACCCUCGGCCGCAAAACUACGAUGAAAACAGCCAGCAACAUGAACAUCCUGUCCACCAACGACAUCGAUGGAAUGCCAGGAUACGUUUGGGAUUAUUACGCGACGUCGGUGACCAUGUCGUCCUACUUGGUUGCAUUUCUGGUGUCGGAAUUCGAGGCCGUUCCAACCACAACGACUCACAGGGUACCAUUCCGUCUCUGGGUAAAACCGCAAUCUACUCACCUCGCUGAGUACAGCCUGAGCGUCGCUCCGGAAUUGCAAGAAUUUUUCGAGCGCUAUUUCAAUAUUGACUACCCACUGCCCAAACAAGAUUUAGCGGCGAUUCCUGAUUUUUCUGCAGGAGCUAUGGAAAACUGGGGAUUGGUUACCUACCGGGAGAGCGCUUUGUUGAUCGAUGUACCCCGCGAGAGCAGAGGUCGCAGGCAGAGCGUGGCCGAUAUCAACGCGCACGAGUUGGCCCAUCAGUGGUUCGGCAACCUCGUCACUACUGAUUGGUGGAGCACGAUUUGGCUUAAUGAAGGAUUCGCUACUUAUCUUGAAUUUCCAAGCAUGGAUGCGGUGGAACCCGAUUUCCGGUUUAGCGAUCAAUUUGUCGUCAUCGAAUUGCACUACGUUUUCGGUGUCGAUGCUCUGGAAACAUCACGACCCAUCAAUCUGCCAGUGACCACAAACGACGAGAUCAACAAUAUGUUUGACGCCAUUUCCUACGACAAAGGAUCGUGCAUCAUCCGAAUGGCUGCCGAUUUCAUUGGCUCGGAAACAUUCACCCGUGGUCUGACUCGCUACCUUAACGCCAGAGCUUACAAAAAUGCCGUAGAGGACGACCUUUGGCUGGCAUUGCAACAACAAAGUGACGAAGAGGCAGUUGGCCUUCCUGCCACCGUCAAGGAAAUUAUGGAUACGUGGACGUUGCAAAUGGGUUUCCCACUCAUCAACGUAACUAGGGAUUAUAACACCGGUGGAGCCGUGGUAUCACAGGAGCGAUUCUUGUUGCGCAAGGAUCCCAGUUCGACUGAUACGCACGUCUACCGCUGGUGGGUACCUUUGACUUAUACCAACGGUGGCAGUUUGGUUCGCCAAACUCAAUGGCUGUCCAAAGAUCAAGCAACUAAAACCCUCAGUAACUUGGGCGCCACAGAUAAAUGGGUCAUCUUUAAUUAUGACCAACAAAAUGUAUACCGUGUAGCUUACGACACGGAAAACUAUCGCCUGAUUGCCGAACAGCUUAUGGUCGACCACACCCGAAUUUUGGAUAACAAUCGCGCCCAAAUACUGGACGACACUUUUGUUCUAGCAUCGGUCCAUCUGGUUCCGUACAAAUCUGCUCUGGACAUAUCUCUUUAUCUGAAAUACGAGAAAGAAUAUGUCCCGUGGAACGCAGUCCUCUCCGAGCUCAACUACAUCGAUUCGAUGCUCUACAAUCAACCGCAAUUCUCACACUGGACCGUUCACUUGACCGAUUUGGUGACUCCGUAUUACAACCACCACGGCUUCCAAGAGUCAACACUGGAUGCGCAUUUGACUGUUUUCGGCAGGAGCGACGCCAUGAGCUGGGCUUGCAGAUUGAUGAUAGCCGAUUGCGUCGACAAUUCCAAAGCGAAAUACGCACAACAAAUGGCCAGCCCAGACGACACGACGAUCUUGUCACCGAAUCAGAAGAGUACCAUUCUAAGGACAGGCGUGGAAAAUGGUGGCCAGGCUGAAUGGGACUUUGCUUAUAAUCAGUACACGAGCAAAUUUGACACGUCUUACCUUGUGGCCGUAGCUAGGAGCAGAGACACAUCUCGUCUGAACACUUUGCUAGAAAGGAUGAUCGAUAGCCAGUCAGGCAUUCGACUCAGUGACGUCAACACUCUGUUUAACAACGUAGCCUCCAAUCCGGUGGGUAACCCAGUAGCGACCGAUUUCCUCGUUAAUCGCUGGACUGACAUUGAACAAUCCUGGUUGGGAACCAAUUAUUUCAUUAAUUUCUUCCGUUACGUUUGCAACCGGCAAAACACGCAGGCGCAAUUGGAUAGGUUGUUGCAGUUGCGUACUGAUCACUUGAACAUUCUUGGAAAUUCCAACACUGUACAACAAGGCAUUGACGUUGUCGUAGAGAACAUCAAGUGGAUGGAAUUACAUCAGGAAGAGAUUGGCAACUGGUUGAGCGUGUCAGUUCCUACUACUACAACCACCACUCCAUCACCUCCUCUUCCUGACGGCAGCCAGAGCGUUUAUCAAAUGAAUGCCCUUCUUAUUCUGGUCUUUACUUUCUUGGGGAUGUUUAUCAUGCACUGAAUACAUUUCCCGUGAUUGAUUUCAUCCUUGAUGUGCUAUGCUAGUUACGCUAUUAGAAGUGUAUCCGACCACGACAAAUGUAAUAAAGGUAGAAAAUAAAAGAUUUGCAAGUUA